AUGGAGAACAGGUCACGACCCUCGACCUCCAACAACAUCGCCGCCACCGACGUCGGCAAAGGGCGGUUGGCCAGAGCAAAAUCCACUUCCUCAGCACAAUCAUGGAAGCCUGCCACCAAUGGCUCCUCUACCCAGGUCUCGCACGGCCAGCACCGAGACCAGAGAUCAGCAUCAGCCGCUCGGCGUCAUCCUCGCCAGCAGAAUUCCAGCUCCCACUCGACCACAGGAUACAAGUCGUCCGAUCCGGCUAUUGCACGCCAGCAGGCGGAGACCGCAGCGGUAGAGGCGUAUCUGCGUGCUCAACCCGAGCACGAGACAGGUUUGGAGAGUCGUGACUCAACGCAGGUCAAGCUGCAGAGGAGGCGAAGCCGGGUGAGUGGGCGGAUGGAAGGCGGGCAUUUUGAGGAAGCAAAACUGGGAAGGAGGAAGUCAGGUGGAAAGGUCAAGAAGGAGACUGGAAGACAUGGCGAGGCUGCAAGUACCACUGCCGUGAGUGGAAGGAUGGCGAAGACGAGCUCUGCCGUGCCGCCCAGCUCCAGUCAGAGUAGAGAAGGCGUUGGUGAGACGUUGUCUGUUCCGGCUACGACAGACAGAGGCAGGAAGAGGCAGUCGCAGUCCGGCUACAGUGAUGGCAGUCCAAUGCCUCGCCACCAGCCGACGGUCAAGCAGAGAAGCUCGACAUCGCAGAUGGCAUCAUCCUACGAUGGCAGCAGUGAUUUCCAAAGGAGCAGCGGUAUGCGCACGGCGCCGACUUACCAUGGUUACGAGCAGACGACGUCAGUACCGCAGGUGCCACGACGACCUGACAGGAGCGCAAAGACAGGCGAUGCAGCCGUGGCCCAAGCCAGAGACAAGUGCUUGCAAGAUUUCCAGCAGAAGAAGCUUCGGGAGCGCAAGUCGAUGAUCCUUGCUCCGUUCCAGAAGCUGAGAACGGGAAACACCACGUCGAGCAGGACCAGCGGCUUCGAUACCUCACUGCCGCCUUUUAACUAUGCUGAUGAGGAUAUCCCGAUGCCAUCAUCGUCGCCCCCGCCGCCACCUGCACCUUCAAGCGGCCCAGUGUACACGAUACCGGUGCAUGAGAGGAAGUCAAGAAGCUUUACAGAGUCGAUCAAGGGCAGGUUCAUGAAGGCAUUCCGCAAGCCUUCAAGGGUGCCGAGUGGCCUACCAGCGCAACAUGUUGCAGGCAAAACUUUCCAGUUUACGACUACAACCCCAAGCUCAAGCUCUGAUAUUGUUCCAACUACAGAAGAAGAUCCAUUCGUCGCUCCAAACCAGUAUCUAGCACCGCCAAUUCCCAGGCCUGGAAGUGCUGUGAGCAAGCGCACCACGAACACCACAGCAAAGUCUCGGGUCACGAGUUGGACCAACUCGACGGUUGCUGGAACCUGGAGUACCCGCUCGGAAGCUGUGGACGAUAUACCUGCUGACGAACAUGGCCGGCUGAAACGGAGCGACAGCGUAUCGACCCUCCGCAAGGCAAAGUCAUUCUUUGGACGGCCCAUUCAGAACAAGCUUCGUCGGCCCAGCAGAGCACAGCUGCAGAACUGUGAAGAGAGCACGGGUCUGUACUCUGCGUUGCAAGAACAGAUCAACCCUUCGGACUCAGCAAGCCAGGCCGAGAAGAAUGAUGAUACGCUCAACUCCCGGACGUCAUCCGCACUGGCUACGCUGCCUUCCCAGCAACGGCCAGUCUCGACCCUGGGCAGCAGCAACAGACGCACUGGGCCUACCAUCCGCUCAGUCACACCUGAUCCCACAGCAUACAAGCUCGACAUCCCGUCGCCAGUCGAAGAGGUCCUGAGCCCAGACGCUGCGCCGCCGUCCCGGAGCAAUAAAUCGGGCAACGACUCAGACACGCCGCGCAGUCAGCUUCAGCGUAGGCCGGCAAUGAAAGCUCCCACGCCUUCGAAAGAGCAGCUAGCUCGCCGUAUGGAGCGAUCGAAGAAUCGCUGGCAGAGUCCGCUUGAUGAGAUGUCGCCAGAUCCUGCACCACGCUACAAUCACGCGGCUAUGGAUGAUAACCCCUACGAGCUGCGUUCUCCAAGCCGGACUCUGCACCAACCGCCUGCUGAGAGCGAUGCAUUGCCGCAUCACGCUCGCGUUGUAGAUGAACAACAAAACCGUGACACUCGUGCAGAGCAAGUGCUGUCACCGAGCGUCUACUCUCGCGCCACCGACGGCGCUUCACCAGGACCAGACACGCCUGUCGACCAAGGCGGAAUGAUGAUCACGAUCACUGGCCGCGAAGUCCGAAGCUACUCCAUCUCCCCCCAGAAGCGCGAGGCCAAGGCCGAGAAACCCGUUCUCGCGAGCGGAGAGUGGCGACGCUGGCUAUCAAAUGAGUGGAAAGGAUGGCAUGCUGCGGAGGCUCUGACGCUGCCGAAGACGAUACUGGCUGAUGCUCCGCCCACUACCACGACUGGCUUGAACGAGCGAGUACAAAGCAGAGAUACAGACACGCCUCCCCUCCAAGCACCGCCGUUGGAACAUCAGCAGCCCAAGCGGCCAAGGCCACGAAGCAGUCGGUCGAGCUUCAUGAAUGAGCGGUACCCGAUGGUUGAGUCUGCUCGGACGUCUAUGGAUACGAGGAAGAUGUCUUCGGGGACUGGGUCGCGGCCGACCAGUUCGGGUAUGGAUGCGAGGGUGUCCGGUGCAACAGUCCGCGAGGAGGCUAAGAUGGAGACGCCGGUUGAAGAGCGUCCAGGGACUGUUCUUCGUGGUCAGAGGGUGGUUUCGAGGUACGCCUGCGUCCUUGGCCUUGGUGCCGGUGCCCAAAUCACUGGCGAUGACAAGACGAGCGAGCCGGCCCAGCCCUACGCCAGUACACAGCCUGUCGAGCAAGAUGCCACCACUUCCCGAAAGACCUCCAACCCACCCAAAGCCCGCUCCGCCUUCGACCUCCGCGCAAACUACAAGAACCGCCACAACGGCAACAUCCGAACCAUACCCAUCAACCGCCACCAAAACCCCUCCUCCGCCGCCAACCACACCAUAGCCUCCAGCCCCAUACACAUCCUAGAAGACACAACCAUCCGCAACAUCUCUGCCGGGCCGUAUGCCCAGGCCCCGCCAUCACCGCUAAUCCAGCAGAGUGGGAAUAAAGAGAACGAAGCCCCGUCGCCGCCAGAGAACCACGGGCUGCCUGCGGUGUCGAGUUCGGAGUGGUUGGCUGCUGGGACGAGCAAGGCGAAAGCUCCGAGGCAUGUGUCGACGGCGCAGGCAGCGGGGAGACAGAAGAGUGUGUCGCGGUAUUCGCCGGUCAGGAAGGUGACCGGUGGCGCUUCGCCGGGUGGAGGAGGAUCGCCGGGGCAGAGGCUGGUGACGAGUUGGUUGGAUGGGAAGGCUAGUAAGGAGAACUCGCCAGCUUUUGUCUGA